UCCUGAAAUUGAAGAAAAAAAUCUUCGUGGAUUAUAUUUUGAACCAUUUGGUGAAGUAGGUGAACCUACUACUCGAGGUAAAGACGAAGAAUUGGCAAAGAAGUUAUGGGGUUUUUCUGAAAAUUUCGUUAAAGAAAAAUUGGCAUUAAAACGAAUAGAACUUCAAAUUUCCUGCACGUUACUUGAAAGUAGCAGUUUUUUCGAAUGGGGCGCAAAAACACUUUUGGCAUUGAACUUUAGAAAUUUCUCUAAGCAUUGGGAUUCACCCGCAUUACCUGGGAAUCUUGUAAUACCAGAUGGAAUGCUCCUUAACAAUACUGCUUGA